GCGACUUACUCUGCGACAAAUGCUGCGCCAUUAUCACAUUUGACGUUUCCGCACAUUUUUUGCGUGAUAUUUUGCAAAAUUCGAAUUUUGAGGUUUUUGACGUACUUCAGUGCAAAAUUCGAAUUUACAGAGUUUUUUUUUGACUUACUUCAGUUUGUUUGGGCCAUUGUUUUUAUGGUGGACGUUGGGGGGUUGUAAAUAGAGGAUUUUCGAUUUGUGCAAUUCUGGUAUAAACCAUCCAUCCAGAUCUGGUUACACAAAGCUGCAAUUGAGCAAGUCAUGAGUGGUAAAUUGGCACCCAGUAAGAGCACAGUGUAUCUGGCAAAUUUGCCAUUUGCUCUCACUAACAGUGACAUUCAUAAGCUGUUGGAGAAGUAUGGACGCGUGGUUCGCGUCACCAUCAUGAAGGACCGACAGACGCGCCGCAGCAAGGGCGUGGCGUUUGUGCUGUUCCUGCACCGUGAGGAGGCGGCGGCGUGUGCGGCCGGCCUCGACGGCCACCAGCUGUUCGGACGCACCCUGCGGGCCUCCCUGGCGCGCGACAACGGCCGCGCCGCCGAGUUCGUGCGCCGCAGGGAGUACCCGGACAAAUCGCGCUGCUACGAGUGCGGCGAGACGGGCCACCUCUCCUACUCGUGUCCCCAGAAUACCCUCGGGGAGCGGCCUCCGCCGCCCAAACGGCCGCGCAAGAAGCGCCGCAAACCGCCGGCGUCCUCCGCCGCCGGAGACGCCGAAGAGGAAGAGGAGGACGAGGGAGAGGACCCGCGCGAGGAGUCGCUGGCGGCCGCCAUCCGCCACGAGCAGGAGCUGCGGGAACGGGAGGCGGUCGGCCCCAGUGGACAGCGGUCACCGCCCAGGGAGGCGACUCCUCCGGACAGGGAGUCCUGGCUGCGCUCAGAACUGGAGCUCAGUGACUGAGGUGGACAAUUGUCAGCUCCUUCAUCGUACGUACAGAAUGGACUCAAAGGGCUGCUGUGUAUUUUCUAUUUGUUGGCUCGUGAUUAGUUGUAAGGUACGUCCUAUUCCAUUUAAUUCAUUUAGUGUAACGCAUAUUUUUGACAAUGAACACAGCUUUGGUGCUAGUGUGUAUUGUUAACUACAUAAUGAAUGUCCAUGAUCGACCGUAAUAAAAAAGUAAUAACGUCA